AGUGCCUGGCUCCGACGCGACUGUUGUCAAAUAUAGCAUCACUUGCCAAUACCGGGAAAAGACAGGAGAAACAACUUACAUAAGGAACUCGCUGCCAAUCAGAUUUAUUUUUACUACAAAACUAUAUUUGAUUCAACUAAACAUCCGCAUCACUGGGAGGCUCACUGGGACGUGGUGCGUAAAAGGACAAUUCACGCACCAGACAAUUGGAAUAAUAUGACCAUUGGCCAUGUCCAUUUAGCUGAACCAACAUUUAUUUUUUAGACAUAUGAUAAUAUAGACUAUUUUAUUUGUUGACAAAGUCUGAGAAGAACGAAAAAGGGGAAAGAUGUUCCCUUUGCCUAUGUUCACCCCGGAACAAGUGGCUCGGGUGUGCGAGAACCUCGAGGAGACCGGCGACAUCGAGCGCCUGGGGCGGUUCUUAUGGUCCCUGCCUGAUGCUGUCCCUGGCUCCGCCGGGGAGGCUCUCAACCGCCACGAGUCAGUGAUGCGCGCCCGGGCGCUGGUCGCCUUCCACGGAGGAAACUUCGAGGCGCUUUACCAGAUCCUCCAGAGUCACCGCUUUACACGCGAGUCUCACGCCAAACUCCAAGAUCUGUGGCUGGACGCGCAUUAUCGCGAGGCAGAGCGGCUCCGGGGCCGUCCCCUGGGACCGGUGGAGAAGUACCGUAUCCGGAAGAAGUUCCCACUGCCUCGCACCAUCUGGGACGGCGAACAGAAGACGCACUGCUUUAAGGAGAGAACUCGUAGCCUGCUCAGGGAGUGGUACCUCCAGGACCCCUACCCAAACCCGUCCAGGAAACGGCACCUGGCCCAGGCAACGGGACUCACGCCCACGCAGGUCGGCAACUGGUUCAAGAACCGACGCCAGAGAGACAGGGCCGCGUCGGCAAAGAACAGACUGCAGCAGGACCCCACCCACCUGCCUUCCGGAUGCUCCCCUGAGGGUUCUGUCCAGGAGCACCACGCCCACCACCCCCGCCUGCUGGCUGCAUCCCCCUGUCACCCGGGCAGCCCCGAGGCCAGCGACUGCAGCACUGGCACCGGCCCCCGGGGCACCGGAGCCUCCACCCCCGACAUCUCCGUCAGCAGCGACAGCGAGUUUGAAUCCUGAGGUCGGAUCAUUGAGCGCAGCUGGAGAGAGGCUCUAAUUGGUUGAGUCCUCAAGAAAGAUGCUAUAAUUGGUUUUCAGCCAGGAAGCCCCGGCCCCACAGAUAUAGAGACAAUAUAGACACUGUAGAAGUACUAUCUGUCUGUGAGUUGGGAUUGAACACUUUGACAAAAGACUUGAUAUGGACACUUGAUGUGGUUGCUAGUGGAAGAAUGGGGAGGGGUGGUGGGUUGGGGAUUGGACCAUCCACAAACACAUGCACUUAAAAUGCACCAUCGCACAUGACUGUGAGGUACACGGUUAUUUACAGUGCCUUGCAAAAGUAUUCACUCCCCUUGGCGUUUUUCCUAUUUUGUUGCAUUACAACCUGUAAUUUAAAUAGAUUUUUAUUUGGAUUUCAUGUAAUGGACAUACACAAAAUAGUCCAAAUUGGUGAAGUGAAAUGAAAAAAAAUACAAAAAAAUGGAAAAGUGGUGCGUGCAUAUGUAUUCACCCCCUUUGCUAUGAAGCCCCUAAAUAAGAUCUGGUGCAACCAAUUACAUUCAGAAGUCACAGAAUUAGUUAAAUAAAGUCCACCUGUGUGCAAUCUAAGCGUCACAUGAUCUGUCACAUGAUCUCAGUAUGUAUACACCUGUUCUGAAAGGCCCCAGAGUCUGCAACACCCCUAAGCAAGGGGCACCACCAAGAAAGCGGCACUAUGAAGACCAAGGAGCUCUCCAAACAGUUCAGGGACAAAGUUGUGGAGAAGUACAGAUCAGGGUUGGGUUAUAAAAAAUAUCCCAAACUUUGAACAUCCCACUGAGCACCAUUAAUCCAUUAUUAAAAAACGGAAAGAAUAUGGCACCACAACAAACCUGCCAAGAGAGGGCCGCCCACCAAAACUCAUGGACCAGGCAAGAAGGGCAUUAAUCAGAGAGGCAACAAAGAGACAAAAGAUAUGCAAAUCUCCAUAGCGGAGAUUGGAGUAUCUGUCCAUAGGACCACUUUAAGCCGUACACUCCACAGAGCUGGGCUUUACGGAAGAGUGGUCAGAAAAAAGCAAUUGCUUAAAAAAGAAAAUAAGCAAACCCGUUUGGUGUUCGCCAAUAGGCAUGUGGGAGACUCCCCAAACAUAUGGAAGAAGGUACUUUGGUCAGAUAAGACUAAAAUUGAGCUUUUUGGCCAUCAAGGAAAACGCUAUGUCUGGGGCAAACCCAACACCUCUCAUCACACAGAGAACACCAUCCCCACAGUGAAGCAUGGUAGUGGCAACAUCAUGCUGUGGGGGUGUUGUUCAUCGUCAUGGAUUGGGAAACUUGUCAGAAUUUAAGGAAUGACGGAUGGAGCUAAAUACAGGGAAAUUCUUGAGGGAGACCUGUUUCAGUCUUCCAUAGAUUUGAGACUGGGACGAAGGUUCACCUUCCAGCAGGACAAAGACCCUAAGCAUACUGCUGAAGCAACACUCGAGUGGUUCAAGGGGAAACAUUUAAAUGUCUUGGAAUGGCCUAGUCAAAGCCCAGACCUCAAUCCAAUUGAGAAUCUGUCAUAUGACUUAAAGAUUGCUGUACACCAGUGAUCCCAUCCAACUUGAAGGAGCUAGAGCAGUUUUGCCUUGAACAAUAGGCAAAAAUCCCAGUGGCUAGAUGUGCCAAGCUUAUAGAGACAUACCCCAAGAGACUUGCAGCUGUAAUUACUGCAAAA